UUCCGAAGAUAGUCGAUGUAUCACGAUGGUCAACUCACUUCCUCUUUUGAAAUCGAAAGUGCACAAGAAAAUAACGAAACAAAAAUCGUCAAAAUAAUGGUUUUUAUUAAUCGAUACACAGCAUUAAAAGAGUAUAAAUUGCGUGAUCGUUGAUCGGCCAUACAUAUAUGGAAUCAAAUAGAUGUAGUCAGGAUAUGCUACAUUAUUGAGAAAAUGGGCGACCAAGAAGAAAUUUCAACUAAGGGCAUUGAUCCUGAAGCACUUGAAUAUGCUCGCGAGGUACAGUCAGUGGCAAAGGAGAUAGCGGAUAAUGAAAAUAUGGCUAAACAGUUAAAAUCAAUACUUGAGACAAUAGCAAAUGAAUCAGUUCGCGAAGAAAGGGAUUAUCUGCUUUUGACAGGCCAGACAAGAGAUUUUGUUACAAGUCUAGGGUUUACAUCACCAUUUUCAGUCAGCAGAACUAAAGCCAUUAUUAACAUACUGCUUUUAAUGUGGAAUCAUACAAAUGUUGCUAGGUAUGUUAUGAAGAGUGUUUACAAUGUGGAUAUCGCUACAACAGUUGAUGAAAUGCUUGAACAGUUUCCAAGUGAUCUUAAACAGCUGGAUGAAAGGUCUGCUGAGAUCUUUGCCAAAGCUUUAAAAGAUGGCUCCGAACAAGUUAAGAAUAUCCGUUUGAUGGUCGUUGGAAUGUUUGGCGUGGGAAAAACGUCCCUAGUAAAUAAUUUGAUCAAAGAUUUAAGGGAUGAAAACAUAAUUCCUAAUAGCACCGAAGGUAUUGACUUGCGCAGGUGCCAGCUGAUGACUAAUGGAGAUUGGCAUUUGGACAAAGAACAAAAAUCAGCCAAAUAUCAUUCGAGGUUUAAAACUGCUUUUAUGGAUGUCAUGAAGCCUUCGAACACUGAUGUACAUUACGAGCUUCCUGAUAUACAACGGGUCCAAGAUGAAGAAGUACAUGAAAAGGGCGAAGCGGUUUCUGAGAUACCACCAGAUCCUUUGGCUGCAAUGGCACAAAAUAUUCAAGGACGUAAAAACGAUGAUGGAAUUAGAGACAUUCUUCAAAUAGUUAAAGAGGAACCUGCAAAUAAACAAGAUGCGCCCGUUAACAUACCUGUUCCUGUUGAAACAAAGACAGACACGACAGUAUCUGUUUGGGAUUUUGCAGGUCAGACACUGUACUAUUCAACGCAUCAAUUCUUUUUAAAUAGGAGGUCUAUAUACUUAGUUUUAAUGGACAUGACAAAGGAUUUAAAUGAGUCUGUAAAAGAAGGCGAAAGAAGUGGAAUUUGGUGUGGUUUGGAUAAUGACAGUACGUAUUUGGAUGUCUUCAAGUUUUGGCUUAAUGCAAUCCACAUGUAUAGUGGUUAUAGAUCCAUGACAAGCGAAAUCCAUCCGACUGUUAUUUUAGUUGGUACUCGUAAAGAUGAAAUGACAGGAACCGACGAAAAAAAGGAAGAGCAGAAUGAUAAGUAUUUUGAUCGAGCACUACGAUCAUUUGAAGGUUCGCCGAUCUUAAAACAUAUUUAUCAUAUAAAAUUUCUGGUGAAUAAUUUAUCUCCAGCAGAUCCUGUAUUUGAUAAGAUACGACGACACAUUCAAACUCUGGCAGAGAAGCAAGAUUAUUGGGGUGAAAGAUAUCCAAUUCGAUGGAUCAUGAUGGAACAGUCCCUUGACAAAUUGAGAGAUACUGGAAAACAAGUACUAGACAUUAAAGCGAUAGAUGACGCCAAUCAAUUAAACAUACCACCACUUGAUAAAGAAGAACUUGAAUUGUUUUUAGAAAUUCAGCACAGACAUGGUAAUAUCCUUUAUUUCAGCACAGAGCAACUCAAGCAUACGGUUGUUCUAGCUCCACAAUGGAUAAUUGAAGUAUUCAAGCGCUUUAUAACGCAUCUACAAGGUAAAGACCCUAAAUUGACGAAACACUGGAGACUUUAUGAGGAAAGUGCUAUUCUCAGACCAGAGGUUUUCAAAGAAAUUAUGGACAAUAGUCAAAAAGAUAUUAAAGAAAAUAGCGAAAUCGUUCUGAAUUACAUGGAGUACCUCGACGUUUUGGCAAAGCCCUUAAUACGUGAGGAAGCUGACGAAGCAAAUGAGCAUAUUGACAAAAAUGAAACGGUUGCAUUUCCGCAAGUGAAUUUCAAGCUUCUUGAUUUCCAUAUUGUGCCAUGUCGGCUGAAGAACCCAAUACCUCCCAUUUCCCGCUUUACUUCCCCGGAAAAUUGUGAGAAAACACCUGUAUUAUGCUUUGCGUUCGUUGAAAACUUUAUGCCACCAUCAUUUUUCCACAGACUUGUUGCCGUCUGUAUUAGCACUUGGCCUAUCAGAAAAUUAGGAUCUAACGACCAGUUGUACAAUGGCCUUGCUGUGUUUGACAUUCAUAAAACCGAAUGUUUGACAAUUUGGUACAAAGAUCACAUAAUUUAUGCAAGAAUAUCUUGCUGUAGGAAAAACCUUACAACUGAUUUUAAUGUCGAACUCUGUCACGAUGUUAGACUCACACUUCGUACAAGUUUGAGAAAGUUUGUUAGCCAGUCAUUGGAAAACCCCAGAACUCCGAUAGCAUUUGAAGAGUACAUUCAAUGCCCGGAAAUGGAGUAUGUGCACAAUGAUGGAAUGUUUAGAUUGGCUGACUUCAUGUAUGAGCGUGAAUUAAAGUGUAAAGCAGCCUCCUGUAAGCAAACCCAUACGGUAGAAAGGAAAGAUGCAAUGAGCCGCUGGUAUAAAACGACAUUAGAUUCACUAGAUAAUGAUGAUGAUUUGAAUACACCAGUUUCAGAAAGUGAUCUAUCUAAGGUCGCCAAGCAGAUCGGUUAUGAAUACUGGAUGUUGGGAAUUGAACUUGGGUGCAGCAAUCAGCAAAUGAACAAACUGCGUGCUUCCCAUGACCUAAGAAAGGAUCGUUGUACAUUUGUUCUCCAGUACAUGGAAGACUGGAUGAGAAGAGAGGGAGAGAAGGCAACUAAGCAGCGUCUUAAUAGGGCUAUACACGCUGCUCGUCUUUGUUUGUCAAAGGAUGAUAAAAUAACCCCAGUAAACUUUUAAAACAA